AUGGAUGUCAGAGAAUUUCCGCCAAAAGAUCUACAAAUAGACUCAAAGGACAGUCUUCCUACUGACUAUAGAGUGGAAAGUUUGGCAUCUCAUUUGGUUUCUUCAGCUGAUGAAAAUGAAAAUCAACUUGACAAUGAUGGUAAUGAGGUUCUGACCAGUAGCAGCAUUGCUAUGGGGCGACAGGAUAAGAGUGAGCAGGACAGUAUCAAUAAUAAUGAGAAUAGGGACAGUGGAGACUGUACCCCAAGCUGUAAGGAAAGUGAGACUGAGAGAAGAUCUGUAAAUGUCUAUAUGGAACCCCAGUUUGAGGAAAAGCCUAUUACAGAAAAACAGCCAGGUGGAAAAAGAAGUCCAAGAAGCAAAAGAAGCUCCAGUAAAAAAUCUAAAGGAGUUCCUACGGUUGGAACCACAGCAGUCAAGGAGGAAAAUACUCUUAUUACAGAUACAGAUUCUGUGCAUGCUGAAGGUGCUGUUGAAGAAAAUGAAAACUUUCACCAAAAAGAACAAAAGCAAACAUUGCAGACUCUUUUCUCUUUGCUCCGUGGAGAGGUUGAGCAGGUGGAUUCAAAGAUACUGCCUCUGUGUCUCCAUCAGAUAGCUGAGACCUAUUUUCAAGAGGAAGAAUAUGAGAAGGCAAUGAAGUUCAUUCAGCUUGAACGAUUGUAUCAUGAGCAGCUGCUUGCAAAUCUUUCCUCAAUACAGGAGCAGUGGGAAAGAAAAUGGAAAACAGCAGUUCCUAGUCCAGUUACAACACUGAGGAAUUCAGCUAAAGAACUGAGUGGUGAAGAGCUGGAAAAGCUUACUAGAGUUUGCUCUUCGCAUCAACAGCCACAAGCAUACAAAAAUAAGCUAGUAGCUGCAGAAAAUACACAGGAAAGCAGUUGUUUGCUUCAGUUAUUGGAAUCAAAAAAUCUAAAGGAAAGAGAAUUUGCUCCUUUCAAAUCAGGUACUGAAACUUAUCCUGGCGUUGGACCAAAGAAAGAAGAUAAACAGCUGAGCACAAGUUCUCCAGGUGAAAACAAAACGGAGAGACAGGCGGAGGCAGCAAGCCUUUGGGUAGCUGCGGGAAAGGACCACGUGGAGGAGCAGCACUGCAGUGCUGAAUCAACAUUGGAGCCACACACCCAGUCCACAGGGACAGUGGGCAGGCCUUCUUCGGGCUGUUUGUCAUCGGGGGAUGCCGGUAAAGAUAACAGUUUGCAGCUGAGAGAAAGACAGCUCUCUAAGGAUGCGGGAAAAAUAGAAGGCACAGCUGGGGAGCCUGGAGUGAAACUCCCUCUUGAGCCAAUGGUAGAUGCUUUGGUUUUAGCAGAUGCUGAUUAUAUGCUGCCUGAUUUGUUUCCUACUGAUAAAGAUGUGCAAGCUGAUAGAAAUCUGCUGGGAUCAAAACAUGCUGCUGGCUCUUCAGAAAUUGCUAGUGGCCAGCUUGGAAAUAGUGAUUUAAAGCAGCAGCAAAAACAGCCUGAUGAUGAUGAUGAAAAAUCUUCGCGGGACAGAACUGCAUCAAAUGUAUGCUCUGGGUGUGAAGAAGUGUCAGAGCAUGAGAGUACUGCCCAUUCACGAGUAUGCCAGGAGAUACAGGGAACAGGAGGACAGGAGGAGAAGGUAAAUAAUGAAGAGCGAGAAGAUUUAUUUCUCAGAUUUUUAAAUGGUAGCAUAAUAGACAGUGAAGAAUCAUUUGCAAACUUAGCAAACCAAGACGACUUUGACACUGUUCUAGAUAUUUCACCUGAACAAGCAUCUUACAACUCACUGGAAGCUUUAUCGCUAGACGACAGCUUUUCUUCUCUUGAUGAACUUGCAAGAAGGAUAGAGAUUGCUGAGAUCGCCCCAGCGGAAGGAUUGGUGUCUAUACUAAAGAAGAGAGAUGACAGGGAAGGAAAAACAAUUGCUCAAGUCCAGCAAAGGCAAACAAAGAGAAGAGUGCGAUUCCAAGAAAUAGAAGACACAUUGGAUCAAGAUGAAGUAGCUGGUGGCUCCUGUAUUUUGCUGAUCCUGCUGUGCAUAGCAACUGUUUUCCUUAGCAUUGGAGGAACUGCAUUGUACUGCACCUUUGGUGACACGGCAUCCCCUGUGUGUACUGAUUUUGCAGCCAACAUGGAUUUCUAUUAUACCCAGAUAUUGCAGCGUAUGGAGGAACUUAAACACUGGAUAGCCUUCUCGUAG